CUCACGGCUGCUUCCAUUUCCCAGUCAAAUCCAUUUUUGACUGUGCUCCCCACCUUUCCCCCUCCCCCUCUCUCUCCCUCUCUCCUCUUUCUCUCUCUAUAUAAUCACCCUCGCUUCCCAUUCUCCCAUCACAUCUCCAACCCCCCACCCUUUUGUUCCCACAACGCCUCUCCUCAUAUACCAAAUACAAAGAAAAACACAUAUAUAUAAUAUAUCUAUAGAUGUCGGCGAAGGAGAAGUCGGCGGCGGCGAUGGGCUUGAAAGUGAACAAGGGGAACCUGGGGAAGGACCAGACGCAUUUCAGGGGCGUGCGGAAGAGGCCUUGGGGGAGGUACGCGGCCGAGAUCCGGGAUCCUGGCCGGAAGAGCCGGGUCUGGCUGGGGACGUUUGACACGGCGGAGGAGGCGGCCAGGGCCUACGACGCCGCGGCCAGGGAGUUCCGCGGCGCCAAGGCCAAGCUUAAUUUCCCGCCAGCAGCGCACGAGGAGAAUCGCGCGAUGAAGAGCUUGAACAUGAGUAACCCAGCGGAGAUCCAGAUGGGGAAUAACUGCAACCAGAGCCCGAGCCCGACCAGCACGGUCGAGUCGUCGGGCCACGAGGCGGCUGGGUUCUCGCCCCCGCCGCCCGCGCUGGAUCUCGCCCUCUCCUACGGCGGGUUCGGGUUCCCUUUCCAAGGCAACCGGUUUUUUGUUUCUCCGGUGGCCGGAGUUUUCCCACCGCGGGCGAAUCAACUCAUCUAUUUCGACUCGAUUCUCCGGCGCGACGCACCGAUUCGACGGCCGAGCAUGGAUCGCGUGCCGACGCGUGGUGGUGCUGGCGGUGGGGUCCAGAGCGACUCCGAUUCGUCUUCCGUCAUUGACUUGAAGCAUAACGACGUUAAGCCAGACGGAGCCGGACGACCCAUCGAUCUCAACUUUCCGCCGUUGGAAACUGAGUGACGCCGUUUUCCGGCGACGGCCUUUUUUACCCCCGUUUUUUCUUACUUGGAGUAAAUUAAUUACUAUGAGGAUUUUGGUGAUCCGUGACCGUCGGGUCAAUAAUUGUUGUCCGAUGUGUGAAUACGUAGAUGAAUCGAUGAUCUUACUUUUUUUUUUUUUUUUUGCAACAGAUAGAAAUCGGGUAUUCGGUUGGUUGUUUUUCUGCUGUUGUUGUUCGUUUAGCGACGAACGGAUAAACCGUAACCGUUGAUGUAAUCUAAUCUCUAGUUUAAUUCAAUUUUUUUUCAUGCAAUGAAUUUUAUUACUACUAUCAA